UGCGAACCAGCGACAUCUCUGUCCCGAGCUCCAGCAGCAGCGUCUGUCCGCUAGUGCAAACACGCCAAACGGGACAAAUCUGGACAAUAAUCCGCCUCAUUCACUGCAUAUAGCUCACCCGAUACCCCCAACCAAACCAUCAACUCCAUUCUUUCUUCUCCAUUUCUCCCUUGGUGGUCAAAAAACAACCUAAAACUGAAGUAGCUUUGGUGAAGAGCCGUUUUCCCCAUCCCUCCCUAUUACUCUUAUUCUUUUAGGGAUUCUUCGUUGUCAAGCCGCCAAAGUGGAGAGUGUGAUUGCAGAAGGGGGUGCUUCUCGUUUCAGUGCUUCUUCGGGGGGAGGAGGUGGUAGGGGUGCACCUCAGCACUAUCCCAAGACUGUCGGCAACAGCGAGUUCCUGGGGAAAACCCCAGGGCAAAGCGUUCAGAGAUGGGUUCCUUCACGAAGCACUAGACGAGAUGUCAACUCCAGCAACGAGAAAGAGAGACACGAUGCAAUCUUCAGGAAAGUGAGGGGCAUACUCAACAAACUCACGCCGGAGAAGUUUGACAAGCUAUGCCUUGAGCUGCUGAACGUGGGCGUAGACUCAAAACUCGUCCUUAAAGGAAUCAUCUUGCUGAUUGUAGACAAAGCCUUAGAAGAGCCCAAGUACAGCUCCCUGUAUGCUCAGCUAUGUCUGCGUUUGGCCGAGGACGCACCAAACUUUGACGGCCCUUCACCUGAGAUCCAAACAUCCCAAAAGCAGAGCACAACCUUCAGAAGACUGCUGAUUUCCAAGCUUCAAGAUGAAUUUGAAAACCGCACCAGAAAUGUUGAAAUCUACGACAAACAUGACAACCCCCUCACGUCGGAGGAGGAGGAGCAGCGUGCCAUCGCUAAGAUCAAGAUGCUCGGAAACAUCAAAUUCAUCGGGGAACUCGGCAAACUUGACCUCAUCCACGAGUCUAUCCUUCAUAAGUGCAUCAAAACACUUCUGGAAAAGAAGAAGAGAGUCCAGCUCAAAGACAUGGGCGAGGACCUGGAGUGCCUCUGUCAGAUAAUGAGAACCGUGGGGCCCAGACUCGACCAUGAGAAAGCCAAGUCUCUUAUGGAUCAGUACUUUGGCCGGAUGCGCUCCCUGAUGAACAACAAAGAGCUGCCGGCGCGUAUUCGCUUUCUGCUGCAGGACACGGUGGAGCUGAGGGAGAACGCCUGGGUCCCACGGAAGGCCUUUCUGGACAACGGGCCCAAGACCAUCACACAGAUACGCCAGGACGCUGUCAAAGAUUUGGGCGUGUUCAUUCCCGCUCCCAUGUCUCAGGGCCUGAGGAUGGACUUCUUCCUGGAGAGUCCCUUUAUGCCCAACCGCCUCAAACUGGACCGGGAGACUCUGGGCGGGCUGGCCGACAUGUUCGGACAGAUGCCAGGCAGUGGGAUAGGCACCGGCCCGGGGGUGAUCCAGGACCGAUACUCCCCGACUAUGGGACGUCACCGCACCAACCCUCUGUUCAAUGGUCACAGCAUGGUCCCUCCUCCACAGAACCAGUAUGAGCUGAGCAACAAGUCCUUCACUAAGACCAACCAGGUCCAGAACCAGCAUUUUCUGAACCAGAACCAGAACCACCUGGCCCAGCAACAGGUUCAGACCAAAGACCUGCCCCCACGAUUCAGCAAGAAGGGCUCGCUCAACGCAGACGAGAUCAGCCUGAGACCAGCACAGUCGUUCCUGCUCAACAAGAACCAGGUGCCCAAGCUCCAGCCGCAGAUCCCAAACAUGAUGCCCCCUAGUGCCCAACCGCCGCGCACACAGACCCCUCCUCUGGGGCAGCCUCCACAGCUGGGACUGAAGACCAACCCUCCACCGAUUCAGGAGAAACCUCCGAAAACCAGCAAGAAGCCUCCUCCAGCGAGAGAAGAGCUCAUCAAGAUGACCGAGGCGAUAGUGACGGAGUACCUGAACAGUAAGAACCUGUCUGAAGCCGUGUGCGCGCUCAGAGACAUGAAGGCUCCGAAACACUUCCUGCCUGAGCUCCUGUGUAAAGUCCUGCUCUGCUCCCUGGACCGACCUGACCCGGACAAAGAGCACGCCAGCACCCUGAUCCACAGUCUGAGGGCCGAGGGCGUCGUGUCCUCGGAGAACUUCAUGCAGGCGUUCCUGAGCGUCCUGGACCAGUGCCCAAAGAUCGAGCAGGACAUUCCUCUGGUGAAGUCGUACUUGGCUCAGUUCGCGGCUCGUGCCAUCAUCGCAGAGCUGGUUAGCGUUGCGGAGCUAGCUCAUCCUCUGGAGAACGGGACGCACUUCCCUCUGUUUCUGCUCUGCCUUCAACAAACAGCCAAACUCAAAGACAAAGAGUGGCUCACUGAUCUGUUCACCCAGAGCAAGGUCAACAUGCAGAAGAUGCUCCCAGAAAUCGACCAGAAUAAGGACCGCAUGUUGGAGAUCCUGGAGGGUAAAGGCCUGAGCUUCCUGUUUCCACUGCUGAAGCUGGAGAAGGAGCUCCUGAAGCAGAUCACAGCCGACCCUUCGCCUCAGUCCAUCUACAAGUGGAUCAAAGACAACAUUUCACCCAAACUGCACACGGACAAGGGCUUCGUCAACAUACUCAUGACCAGUUUCCUGCAGUACAUCUGUCAGGAGCUGGGCGUGUCCGAUGGCGAUGAGCAGAGCCCUCCUUCCAAAGAGCAGCUGGAGCAGGAGAAACUGCUGCUCUUGUCCUUCAAACCUGUGAUGCAGAAGUUCCUCCACGACCACACGGAGCUGCAGGUCAGCGCCCUGUACGCUCUGCAGGUGCACUGCAACACGCAGGGCUUCCCCAAAGGAAUGCUGCUGCGAUACUUUGUGCACUUCUACGACAUGGAGAUCAUUGAGGAGGAGGCUUUUCUGGCCUGGAAAGAAGACAUCACUCAGGAGUUCCCCGGGAAAGGGAAGGCGCUGUUCCAGGUGAACCAGUGGCUGACUUGGCUUGAGACCGCGGAGGAGGAGGAGUCAGAGGACGACGGCGACUGAAAACACGACCACAGAAGAAGAAACUCAUCAUGGAGGAUGUGACGCGGAUCCAGCAGAGAUCCACCUUCUAUUAUUCUACUAUUACUACAACAGCACUCUGCGCCUUUAUCGCCCUACCUUUUCCGUUUAUUAAACUCUUCUUUUGUGCUUAACCACUAUGCGCUGCAUACAAACCAAUAGUGCUUCGUAUUCGACGGUAGAUUUCAUGAAUUUAAAAGUGGCUCAGAUAAAUGUGUGGGUUUUUUGUUCUGUUUUUUGUAAAAGCAUGCAUUUCUUUUCAAAUAUUACUUUUUUUUACUUAUUCAAAGCCCUCCCUAUGACCUAUGACCGUUAAAAUGACAUUGCUAACUCUUAUCUCUAGAAUUACGUGAUCUUUGCAUGGGCCAAUUAAUUUAGUAUUUUCAAAUUGGCCAGAUUUAAAUAAAAAAGUAAGUUUCCCAAUUUUCUUGCAAAUGUUAAGACUGUUGAAAAUGAUGGACUAAUGGAAUUUGUUGGUGAAAAAGUUAGACAUUGACAGCUAACUUUACAUUGCUGUAUUGUUAAAGUGUAGGCAUCUUUGCUAACUACAUUCACAACACAUCUGCUACCCGGUGUGCUCUGUUUUGCAUAUUCAGGUUUUUUUUAAGUCAGAUGCCCUACCCAAUGCAACCAUCUGCAUCUUAUCCACAUUUAGGACUAGCUUCUGACUACCCUCAAAUGGCAAUGUCUUCAUAAAUAUUAGCAUAUUAGUAAAAGUUAGCUUCAAAGUUGCUAAUACUAAUUGGUUGGGACAUUCAAAGGUUUGAUAUGAAAUAUAACAACGCAGUAUUUGUAAAUUUCACACUGGAUGUAGAAAACUUUGUAAUUGAGAUUUGCAUAUUAAUUAAAAUUCAAAUGUGCGGUGAACUACACAAAACAUAAUGAAAUUGUAUCUAAUUGUCUUGAUGUUUUCAUUCAAGAAGGCGUCAACAAACACUGGCGCUUUUCAAUGAUACUUGAAAGUUGAUAAAUAAAUGCAGUGCAGUUUUAAUUUGAUUAGAUUUUAAUUGGAGCUUUGAGUUUUGACCCUCUCGGGCUACUACUACUACUACUACUACAGCAUUACCUUUAAGACAUUGGAGAACUUGUACUUGGAAAUGCAAAGUUUUUGAGUGACUACUUUCACCAUUAAUAUUACUACUACAGUAAGCUUUUAGUGAUAGUAAGUAAUUGGAAAUUUUUAAAUAUCAAAUUUUCUUAAACUUACAAACUGAGGUACUUGUAUUUGGGAGUUUUUAGUUACUACUACUACUACAACUACAGUAAGCGUUCAGUGCUUCAGAAAUUCAAGAGUUUCAACAGUAUUUGGCUAUUCAAAAGUAACUUAAUAAUUUGAUAAACUUCUAAAUGGAAAAAUUUGUAGUUUCUUGGUUACUACUACUAUAACUAUACAUCAGUGAACACACUCCAUUGGUCCACUAUUUAAACAGUCUCUGAUCCAGAAUGCCUUUUCCUAAUUGAAACUAAAGUUAUAUCGUUCUUUAAUAUCUUGAAUAAAAUUAUGGAUAUAUUCUGAGUAUCCAUAAUUCAAUUCAGUUCAGUGUCGUCUCUACGUGGCUACGAUUUCAGUCUGUAUUGAACCUGUAAACGAUGAUGGUUUUUGCUAACGCCUGUGUUCCUACCUCUUAGAUAGAUGGGCUUUUUUGUUUUUGAUGUUUUUGUGUGCUUGGAUAAUAAGAAAAAACAAACAAACGUAUGAAUUAAUGAAAUAAACGAUCCCAUUUGUGAGAGAAACUGCAAAGAGACGUGAUUUUAAGAAUGUCCAAAAUGUGUUGGGCUGGAGAAUCUUGAAAGGCUAAAUUUUAAAGUCUAAAGAGAAUGAGGUUUUGUCCUAAAAUGGUUGUAGAGCCGGAGGAGAUCCUGAAUUCUUAUGUAAUGUAUAUUCAUGAUUACUGUGCACCUGUUGCUUUAAUAUCAAUAAAAGUCCAUGAGCACCAAAA